UUUGUCUCGCGAGAGUUGGCAACUGUGGUGUGGAGUCAAAAGUCCAAAACCCGAAAACAAGUCGAAGUCACUGGGCCGUUCUCGCGCUGUAGUUUAAUAUAAACUCUUCGAAAGCAUGCCGCCGGCUCUGUUCACCGUCGUUGGGAUUACAGCUGGGGCUGCUGGUGCCGCACUUCUGGCCCCGUUUGUGCUCGGGAUGGCUGGUUUUACAGGCGCCGGUAUUGCAGCAGGCUCUACGGCAGCUGGCAUGAUGUCAUCAGCAGCCCUUGCCAACGGGGGCAGUGUGGCUGCAGGAAGUUUGGUUGCUAUCCUCCAGUCUGCAGGUGCUGCUGGUUUGUCUGCAACAGCAACAGCUGGUGUGGCAUCUGUGGGUGGUGCUACAGGAGCUCUAGUAGGUGGAGCAGUUGAUUUGCUGAAGAGGAUGAGGAAAUAAAUGUACUGGAGUCCAAAGAGCUUCUGAUCACAGCUGGCUACCAUGAAGUGUUUAGCAGCAGAUUCUGUGUGUUUAAUUGUCUGUAGCUUGAUUUUAAACAUUUAAUCACAUUUUCAAAAUAAGAAUGUAAGCACCCAAAACACACUUUUGUGACAAAUUAUGGGGUCAUUCUACAGCUCUAAGUCCCACUAAAAUGUGGUCUAUUCAUAAAGGAUCAUAUACAUUUAAAUUUAUGUUCUAAAAGCACUUUUACAUUGUUUACAUCCUGUUCAUUGUUAUUAGUCACUGUUUUGCAAAGAUUGUGACAAUCUAUCUACUUUAAAACGAAUUCAUGAGGUAAAUUUGUUUCUAAUCAUGUAACCAAUUACAUUUACAGACACUUUGUAAUCCGCAGUUACUUACAAAUGAUGACCAGCACAAACGUGUGAUUAAAUCAUGGAGAAAAUAAAGUUUCAAUACAG